CGUACUGCUCGCUGCUGAGCUGCAGCCUGCAAGCUAGGGCUUGCUGCAUGCCACGUCGGGCUUGCUGCAUGCCACGUCGGGCUUGCGGCUGUAACUGAAGUACGCUGGAACCAAGCCAGGCAACCCCUGCCUCCUCCCUAACCUACCCACACCAGAAAGAAGGUGCUGUGGUCUGACUUGAGCCCAGGACAAAAGCAGUUCCAGGAACAGUCAGGGUUAAGGCUGAGUUCAAGGGAGCCAUCUCUGCCUUACAGAGAGAACUGCUUGCCCAAGAUAAGCUGGUGUGGACGGGAAAACUUCUUUCAGCCCUAGACUGCCGGGCUGAAUCCAGCCUAGCCUGAUAAUCAUCAAAAUCUAUUACUGUUGGACCAAUGUUUUUGUGGACAACAUGACAACUCAUGGAUUUUCCAAGCUGGAAGGUGUUUGCAUUGCUGAAAACUUCUGAUUUAGUAGCGGGGCAAUAAAAAGGCAGGCUCUGAAUGAAGGAGGGAGACUCACUUUCUCACAACAAAGGGUGUUGGUUUUUUCUCCCCUUUUCGUCCAGUUAUGAGGGCAUAGUUGCAACACGAGAAGGUCUCCACAGCACUUUCAACUAUGUUGUAAUAGGAGAAAGGGCAAAGUGGAUUGCAACUAGGUCCUCUAACUUGGUUGUUUGCACUGUUAAACAUUAGGCAGGCAGAGAUUCCUCCUGAUGUUGACCAGCCAUCAAAGCUCCGCUUCUAUCUUUGCAUAUAUACUCUGAUGGAAAUUCUGGCAAAGAACUUAGAAAGUUUGGGUAUCUUUGAGGAGCACACACUUAUAAGGCUGAUUGUUGGUGGACUGCCGGCAUGCAGCAAUUCAAAGCUCUGCAUAAAGGAUCUGCAUUUUGAUGAGGUGCCAGUGAGGAUUUACCUCCCAAGAGCACCAUCUGCAAGCAAACGGAGAGGAGUCAUCUUCUUCCAUGGAGGAUGUGGGAUGUUCGGAAGCAUCAGAAGUUAUGAAAGAAUAUGCCAGUACAUAGCCAGAAAAUCUGAUUCAGUGGUUGUGUCUGUUGGGUAUCAUUUAUCUCCUGAGCAUAAUUAUCCAGCCCAACCUUUGGACUGUCUCACUGCUACUGCACACUUUUUGAAGACUGCAGAAAACUAUGGGGUGGAUCCUGAUCGGAUUAUUGUUUGUGGGGAUAGUGCAGGGGGCACUUUUACUGCUAGUGUUUGCCAACAACUGGUAAAUAGACAAGAUAUCCCAAAGAUAUGUGCCCAGGUACUGAUCUAUCCAUUUCUCCAAGCAUUGAACUUUAGUCUGCCAUCUCACCAGAAAAAUGCUUUCACUGCUUUCUUGACCCGGGAACGUGCAGUCCAUUUUAUUCUGAAAUACUUGAAAAAGGAUUGCUCUAUGAAGGAAGCUGUUUUGGCAGGUUCUCACGUUCCAGAGAGUAUGAAUUUGAAAUACAGGAAAUGGAUAAAUCCAGAUCUUAUCCCAGAGAUAUUUAAGCUGAGCUAUAAAGCACCUUUACCCACUUUGUUUUUACCUCACGUCCAUGAAGAAACAAAAGAACUGUUUGAGACAAGAUUUUCCCCACUCUUAGCAGAAGAUGCUGUUGUUUGCCACCUACCUGAUACCUGUAUGAUUACAUGUGAGCAUGAUGUGCUCAGAGAUGAUGGAUUGUUGUACAAGAGACGGUUAGAGGACAACAAUGUAAAAGUGACCUGGUACCACAUGGAAAAAGGCUUCCACUGUGCACUGGGAUUUUUUGGUUAUGGUAUUUUUUCUUUUCCAUCAUCAAGUAAAAUAGUGAACCACACUGUAAACUUCAUAAAGGGCUAUUAAAAUAUUUUCUUGAAUACAGUGAA